AAUGGUGGACUAAAAAUGGGAGACUGGAAUUUCCUUGGGGUCAUCCUGGAGGAAGUCCACAUUCACUCCACCAUUGUUGGAAAGAUCUGGCUUACAAUUCUGUUUGUAUUCCGAAUGCUUGUACUGGGAGUGGCAGCUGAAGAGGUCUGGAAUGAUGAACAGUCUCAGUUUGUAUGCAACACAGACCAGCCAGGGUGUAAAAAUGUCUGCUAUGAUCAGGCUUUUCCUAUAUCUCUGAUUAGAUAUUGGGUCCUGCAGGUCAUAUUUGUGUCCUCCCCUUCUCUGGUUUACAUGGGUCAUGCCAUCUAUAGACUGAGAGCCCUAGAAAAAGAGAGACACAGUAAGAAAGCUCAGCUGAGAGGAGAACUUGAGAGUGUGGAAUAUGAGUUGACUGAGGACCGCAGGCGGUUGGAGCGUGAACUAAGACAAUUGGAGCAAAGAAAACUUAACAAAGCUCCUCUACGGGGCUCACUCCUUUGCACAUAUGUGAUACAUAUAUUCACCAGAUCUGCAGUUGAGGUUGGAUUCAUGUUUGGACAGCAUAUACUUUAUGGAAUACAGAUGAAACCUCUAUAUAAGUGCCAAAGGGACCCUUGUCCUAAUGUGGUUGACUGUUUUUUAUCCAGACCUACCGAAAAAACAGUGUUCAUGUUAUUUAUGCAAUGCAUAGCCGCUGCUUCUUUGUUUCUCAACAUUUUAGAAAUUGGCCAUCUUGGGUUGAAAAGGGUCAGAAAAGCAUUGCUGUUACGAUACAAUAUUAAGGAUGAAUUUGAUGAUUUUUAUGUAAGUAAGCCAAAGAAACAUUCCAUCAUAACUCAUACCUGUAUAGGUACAUCUUCUAGUCCACAAAAGACUCUCCCUUCAGCACCCAGUAAUUAUACACUUUUGAUGGAUAAACAGAAUGAUCCGGUUGUAUAUCCAAUUUUGAAUCCACCAUGUGGGUUCCACCCAAUUGGGGAUGCACUCACUGAGAAUGGUAAUACGUGUGCUAAUGAUGAGCAAGAAACCAAAUCUGUCAAUGAGGUGAACUCUACAAACAUAGUAGAGAGUCACUUCCACAAUACAAGCUCCAACAAUAAUGAGAAAAUCAAUAAAGUGCAUGACCCUGAUCCUAAGGGAGCAAAAAAACAUGCAGAACGAAGAAGUGGUUGCAUAAGAAGUACUCGUUCAAGUAUAGAAAGUACGCUUGGUCUACAAAUGGGAACAAUGACUGAAAUGCCAUCUGAGGACACAGAGGAUUGUUCCAUGCAAAAUAUUUCUUACUCAACAACUAAUGCAGUCCAUAAAACCAGACGGGUCAGUGCUCCCUGGAAUUGCUCCAGAGGUGGAUUUGUUCAGGAUUCUGUAAGCUGCAGCAGAGGACGCUCAAGCUUCAGUGCUAGUAGAUCAUGGGCACUAUCCAAGUCUGAACUUCAGGGAGCUGGCAGGCCAGUUACUCCGGACUCUGUAGGAGAGUUGAGUUCAGAAUACAAAGAGAAUAAGGCAUAUGAUGGGCCUGUGACCUUCUCUCCAUCUCGGCGGAUGUCACUGGCAAGUAACGCCAGCAGCCGGCGUGUUACCACUGAUCUGCAGAUCUAACCGUUAGUUAACUU